GUGAUAAAAGGAGGGAAAGACUAAGCGACGAAUAAAAGAGGACAAGGGGUAGUCUUUGUGGGAUCAUCUUUUUUUUUUGAAGAUUCAAAAGACCAGCAAUAAAGUCCAAGUAUUCGACUUAAAAAAAAAAAGCGUAAGGUAACACCCAACAACAUUGUUUUUCUCCCAUAGAGGAAAAAAAAGGGGGGAAAAUUAUCAUUAGUUGUUAUCAUUACUAUUAUUAUUUAAAAUAGGAAUACGAAUAAAGGUAAGACGAGAUAAUGCGGGAGCAAAUCAACAUGUUAACCUCCAUGCGCCUCCGCGAUUAUGUGGAGAAGGCGUACUUUAUUUCCUUCUUCUUCACCGUUUCAAUGGUAGUGUGGAGUUUCUUCACGGGGCUGACGGGGAGUGAGCACGGGGCGGUGGUGGUGAUUAGCGGGAGCAUGGAGCCGGGCUACCGGCGGGGGGAUUUCAUUACGGUGCAUCGCCGCCCAUCCUCGGAGGUGCGCGCGGGGGAUAUCAUCGUUUAUCGCCUGGAAGGAAGAGAAAUUCCGAUCGUCCAUCGCGUGAUCACCUGGCAUCGACGGGAGAUCGAUGGCAAGCAGUUUUAUCUCACUAAAGGGGAUAACAACCACUGGAAUGACCGCGCGCUCUACGACAGCGCGAUGGAGUUUAUCAGCGGGGAGGCGAUUGUGGGGAAGGUCUUCGCCAAGUUAUCCUUCUUUGGCUACGCGACGAUUAUGUUUAACGAGGUGGCGAUUGUCAAAUACAUCUCCAUGGGGCUGAUCGGGUUUUUCCUCAUAACGAGCAUGGAUUAA